AAUUUGAGCCGUCGUAUCGAACAAACCUCUCCGAAAAACGCGUCGCCCGCUGACCGUCAGUUCGUCAGUUUGUCAGUCUGCAGAGUUUUGUGGUCCAAUGUCCGCGUAACGUUCUAUACCAAACUCAAGGGGGGGUUGCGUUUUUACACGUUUUCUGUUACUGGUUUGAUCAGCAGUGUUGUGUUGCGCCGUUUCUCAAUAGUGUUGUUGAGUUUGCUUACUACGAUAAUUAGAUGAAAUAAAUACAAAUACACAUAUGAAACACGUUAGCAAAAAAAAUCGGAAUAAGUUAUAUAAGGCUCAAAACCGGUUUGAUGGCCUAAACACAACAAAUAUUUGACCGUGCCAAAGUAAUAACCUGAAAACGUAUAUUUACUGCUGGAUUAACUGCAUUUGGAUAGAAACCGAACAAAAAUAUUAUUUAAAUGCUGGCAGAGUUUUGGCGUUUCUGAAAUGCAAUGCAGUCAAAUAAUUGUAAAGGGGCUAGAGUUACUGAGAUUCUUUUGGCUCGCUGCUUGCAAAUGGAACAGGAAGUAAAUAAACAAGAUCGCGCAGCAAGUCAUCAAUAAAUUUAAUCAACAAUUUCAUAACUCAAAUUCAAUGAACAAAUAAAUUUGCGCAUUCAACAAGCCAAUAAAUAGAUCAAUAAAAUAAAAAAGAAACAAUCAAAUAAAAUAAAACACAAAUCGAUAUCAACAAAAGACUGCCAUAUUUACUCUACAAAGAGAGUGAGAGUGUGAGAGUAACAAAGUGACAGAGAGAGAGAGAGAGAGAGAAGCAUCUAUCCAGCUGACGCUCAAACAUCUGGCAACACUCUGGCUGGCCAGUUUUAAAACUGUAACGGUUAUUGGCAGCAUUUUACUCACGCCAAAGCCAAAACCGGCUAGACACACACACAGACACACACCCACACACACGCUAAAGUUCCGCACGUGAGCCAAACAGGGACAGAGACAGCGUCAGAGAAAGACAGAGAGAGGGAGAGAGAGAGAGAGAGAGAGGCGCACCGACCGCAGCCAUGGGAAACUCAUCGUCACACACGCACGAACCACUGGAGCGCGGCUUCACACGCGGAAAAUUCGGCGAUGUCAAGAAUGGGAAAUCCGCCUCAUUCCGGUUUAGCAAGAAGUCGCCGAAGAAGAUGGAUCGAUUGCGACGCUCGUUCAGAGACUCGUUUCGUCGUCGCAAGGAUCGCGUACCCGAAUCAUCCAAGCCGCACCAAUGGCAGGCCGAUGAGGAGGCCGUGCGCUCGGCCACCUGCUCCUUUGCGGUCAAGUAUCUGGGCUGCGUGGAGGUCUUCGAGUCGCGCGGCAUGCAGGUCUGCGAGGAGGCACUCAAAGUGCUGAGGCAAUCGAGACGGCGUCCGGUGCGUGGCUUACUCCAUGUGAGCGGAGACGGAUUGCGUGUGGUGGACGAUGAGACGAAGGGUCUCAUUGUGGAUCAGACCAUCGAGAAGGUGAGCUUCUGUGCACCGGAUCGGAAUCACGAGCGCGGCUUCAGCUACAUUUGUCGGGAUGGUACGACGCGUCGCUGGAUGUGCCACGGCUUCCUGGCGUGCAAGGACUCCGGCGAGCGGUUGUCCCACGCUGUCGGUUGCGCCUUUGCCGUUUGCCUGGAGCGCAAGCAGCGUCGCGAUAAGGAGUGCGGCGUCACAAUGACCUUUGACACCAAGAACUCGACCUUUACGCGCACCGGCUCCUUCCGCCAGCAGUCGUUGACCGAACGCAUGGCCAUGGCCACCACUCUGGGCAGCAACGAGCGGUGUGUGGAUGGACCAGCGCUGCCUGGCGGCGGUCCGCCAGCCGCCGCAGUGAAGCCGUUCAAUCCGUUUGCCAUUGAGCGGCCGCAUGCCACACCCAAUAUGCUGGAGCGGCAGAGCUCCUUCCGCUUGAGCACCAUUGGCAGCCAGUCGCCGUUCAAGCGCCAGAUGUCGCUGCGCGUCAACGAUCUUCCGUCCAAUGCGGAUAGGCAGAAGGCCUUCCUCGCCGCUGCCGCCGGCAAUUCAAAUCCACAUGCACUCCACACGCCGCUUCGCAGCGUCUCGCCGAUUGCUGAAGUCUCGCCGGCCAAGUCUGGCGGUGAGGCGGCCAUUUUGGCAGCGGAUACAGUUAGUCAGUUGUGUCAGGAGCUCAGCCAAGGUUUGUCGCUGCUAACGCAGACGGAUGACGCACUUCUGACAGCUGGCGACGAUCUGAACUUUAACAACAGUCGCAGCAUCAAUCAGAACAUCAUUGCCGCCGACAAGCAGCAACAUCACGUAAUCUCCACGUACAGCGCCAGUGGCAGCGCCAGCGGCAGCGGCAGUGGCAGCGGCACCCCCACUGCCCAGGUGACACCACGUGUGGCCAGCCUGCAGUCGCCCACACGUUCCGAGCCGGAUGUCGAGGCCAGCAGCGAACAGCAGCAGUUGCCCAAUGCUGAACAGUGGCUCGGCCAGGUGGUGCGCAGCACAUCCCCGGCGAUGCCACCGAAGAGACCCAGCUCCCUGGCCAAUGUGGGACGAGCUCAGACUGGUCGUGCCACUGCCCCCGAUCCCUUCGAUGCCGAGUGGGCGGCCAACGUGGCAGCUGCAAAGAAAAUGUCGCCAGAUCUGCCCGGACUGGGAAUAGGCAGCAACAGGCACAGCACGAAUCCGUUUAUCUCACCGCCCAAGGCGCAAGCGCAAUCAUUUCAGGUGCAACUGUAGACAGUGGCAGAGGGCGGAGGACCGUGCACUGGGCGGCGGUCCAAAGUGUGGUUCACUUGAAAAAAACGUAACUUAGUGUAAUUGGGGCAGUCAGCACAGACCGAUAGAUAGAUUAAAAAGAUACAAAAUAUAUUAAAACCAGAUUACGCAAAACAAAAACAAAAAAAAGAGCGAAAAGCGAAAAAAAAAGAAAAACUUAACGGAAACAAAACCAUUGUUGAAUUAUACUAUUGAAAGUACUAUUGAAAUAGACGGUUAUUAAAUUACCAUUAACUAUA